UCAAGUUGGGGGAGACCCUAUUGUCAUUUCACUCGAUAAACGGGGAAGAUUGGUUCAUUCUAAUGCACUACACAUGAGAUUCACAUGGGGAGAUCAACUUUCUGAAUGGAGAACAAUGAGAUCAGGUGGUACAAUCCUUUCAUUAGAAAAUGAGUUGAGGGAAAGGACUUCUGGUGCUGACCGUGUGAUUGGUGACAUUGACAACCAAAUUCAUAAUUUUGCGAGAGAGGUCCGCAAAAUGAUCAAAGAUUGGAUUGACGACAUCGAGAUCAAGAUGAAAAGUUCGUUUCGUUCAUUCAACUACACGCGUGAGAGGGAACAAGAGCUUUGGCUUAAAGAAUCUUGGAAUCUUAAGCUUGUAGUAGGAGCGACUCACAAAUGGGAUUUCCAAAAGAGGCUAAACUCGUGGAUUGAUGAUGAUGAAAAGUACAUUUUCUUGUGCGGAGGCAAUAACAUUAAACGAGUUCUAGAAUUUGUACUUAAGGUACAAGAAGUUCGUUCCAAAUUCCAAAUAAAUAUGAAAAUUGCAUACGUUGGAAGAAGAGGAAGAAAAAUGGUUAAAGAGGUGAGUAAAGCAUGUGAUUAUGAAUUUGAACCUUAUGAUAUUAAGUGGUUUUGGACACGACUUCAUAGUGUGACCUCAUCUAGGAUCCAAUAUUUGAGUAAGGCUGGAAUUGAUGAAAGAAGUGACGAAAUUUUGCAAAGACUUAGAAAAUUAUUAUCUUAUGGAGAUGAAUGUACAACAAUUGGAUCAUGGGCCUUGUUGGGCAAAGGGAAAAGAAUAAUUGGAUGUGAUAUGGGAGACAAAAUGUUACAAGUCUUGAAUGAGUAUGAGAAAUGGGAGAACAAUGCACAUGCCGAUGAUUUUGAACAAGCAUUCAAGGAUUGCUAUGAGAUGCUUAAUACUUCUUCUUCUUCUUCCAAUCAACACUCUUGUUGUGCUCUCAAUCACCCAUCUAAUUUGGAUAAAAUUCCAGAGGCUGUGCCCUGCCCUUAAUGUAACCACAACAUGCAUAAAUUUGUCACUUUCUCUUGCUGUCAUGGGCCGACCAAUUAUUUUUAUUAUCUACAGAAUGAAGACUACAAGAAAUAAUACUAGAGUUUAUGUUCCACUUGCACUGGCUGUUGGAGUUGUUGUGGUGCAUGGUCUUCAUGCAUGUAUUAUGUUUGUACUUGUACUUUCUUAGUUGAAUAUACAUACAAAUUAAACCUUUAA